AAAACAUUUUAUUACAUUUUUUUCUUUCAAAAGGAUGUGAUUUUACAAAAUACUAUUUUAUAAAAGCAAAGGAAUAUAAAGUAGUGAAUAUGGGCUUGCUAUCUGACCCAGAAUACAGUUCAGUAAGAUGGGUAAAAGUGCUGAGAAGAUUACACUCUCCUCUUUGCAUUUUAUGUUAUCUUGGAGCAAUCCUGUGGUUUUUCAUGUUAGCAAAUCGUGAAUUCAAUAAUGAGACGUACUUUUCGGAGAAUGCUCUAUUACCUGGGCUCGUUACGAACGAGUUUAACGGAGAACAAGCAGCCAAUAGAUUUUACACCGAAUUCCUGCAGGAGCUAGAGGAAAAAUAUGAUGAAACUGAUGAAAUGCCCAUACCAUGGCUUGUAGCAAAAAUGUCCCAGUUGCACCUAGAAGUAUAUACUCACAACUUCACUCUGAAUUAUCCAUUGGGGCAAGGACAGGUAUUCAAAGGUACCAAUGUGUAUGGUAUUCUCCGUGCUCCGAGAACCUCAUCUUUGGAAGCAAUAGUUCUGUCUGCUCCUUACCGAUCCAUCUCCAGCCACCAAAAGGGGACUGCAGCUGGAAUUGCUUUGAUGCUAGCGUUCGCACAAUUUGCUAGACCACAAAAGUACUGGGCGAAGGAUAUAAUUUUCCUAAUCACUGAACAUGAACAACUAGGAAUGCAGGCUUGGUUAGAAGCUUAUCAUGGCUUGAAGAGAGAUUCAGAAACAUUCUAUUCCAGCCUCGGCAGUUUUGUGCUGCCUUACACAUAUGGUCCAGACUUUGGAAAGCUGACCAAGGGUUUUGAAUGGUUGAAUGACCAUAGCAAAUGCUUAGACCCAGGUACUUUAAAGGGCAGAUCAGGAUCCAUACAAGCGGCUAUAAAUUUGGAGUUCCAUACACCAAAAAUAAAAUAUAUUGAGGUUAAAGUUGAGGGACUAAAUGGUCAGCUGCCAAACCUAGAUCUAGUCAAUUUAGUUCACAAGCUGUGUGUAAAAUCUGGAAUACACCACUCAUAUAAAAAUAGUUACUCAUGGAUAAGAAAUCUUAACCCAAUGGACGAAUGGGUUAGUGGCAUUUGGACAUUGCUUGGCAUGGUUUCUGCGCAGAUUGCUGGUGUGCCAAACGGGAAUCACGGUCUGUUCCAUCGUUUUGGAAUCGAAGCUGUAACCCUGGAAGGUCGGGACGCUAACGAUCCUAUCGCCCCCCGCGUGUCGGCGCUCAGCUCAGCCAACUUCUACAGACUUGGACUGACACUGGAAAGUGUACUAAGAUCUCUAAAUAACCUGCUAGAGAGAUUCCACCAGAGCUACUUCUUUUAUAUGCUGGCAGCGACGAAUCGAUUUGUGUCAAUAGGUCAAUACAUGCCUUCACUGUGCUUACUCUGUGGUGCUAUGCUCAUAAAGGCUCUAGCUCUAUAUGUCUCCAUGCAAAAGGAGCAAGAAAAAGAAGAGGAAAGUAAGGAGAAGCAAGAUACAGAAGAAACAGAAGAAAAGAAAGACACAGAUUAUAAAAAAGAUUUUAAAACAAGGCGCGAGAUAGAUGCAGCGUUAAGCAGUAAUAUAAGUGUAGCAAAUAUCGGAACAAAUUACUUGUUAGUGCAUUUAUUAGGUUAUGCAGUUAUGAAUUUACCCGUUGUGUUCAGCCAAAUCGGUGCAGAUCAAUUUGGCCAACCCUCCGAAGUCUCCGUUUACUACGGACUCAUCAUCACAUCAGUAUUAAUAACGGUGGUGUCACCGUUUCUAUUGGGGAUCUUCCGGACGAGAUUAUCCCAUGAUGAAAUGACUUUAGUCAAUAUUCUGUUGCUGGUUGAGCUGGCGACCGCCUGCCUGGCUAUAGGCAUGCAUAACUAUCCUCUUGGACUGGUUAUAGCGGUCACUUAUACACCGUUAGCGUUGCUUGCUGGAGUUGUUGAUAGCGAGUCGAAAAGCACAUUCCUUCUGAUGCUAAAGAGGUUAUUCUGCUUGGUGUUGCAUCCGCUGUCCGUGUUGACGCUGUCUAUGAUUGUGUAUUCGAGUAUUCUUUUCCCGGAGGAGAAUUUCUUGUCUAUGGUGGGGCGAGGGAGGGAUGCAGCCAUGCAGGCUGUCAUGUUCGCCAUUGUGGACUCUAUGAUAUACGGCAACUGGCUAUUCAACGUCGGCGCUUGCGUGAUCUUACCCACCUGGAUCAUAUUCUGGCAGAUCCUGUGUAAUAGAGUUCGGAAUGAGUAAUUUAUUUAGUACAAUUUUCACACAAGUCAUUCCAAAGAAAUAAAAACAUUUUUGACGGA